AUGGUGGCUGCGCGUUUCCUUUCGACUACAUUGGCACGGGUAGUACUAGUAGCGCUGGUGGCGCUCCAUAUGAGAGCCACGUCAGCAUUCAACUUCUCAAGAACCGAGGGCGGAAAAGUGCAGUGGUCGCUCAACUGCGACUGGAAGGGCAACGACAUUGGCCAAGCCGCCGGCAAGGGCGACACGUGCGGAAAGCAGUGCCUCAGCCGCGCGGAUUGCACGCACUUCACGUGGACGGCCGAAAACGGCGGCACGUGCCGGCUCAAGGGGGCAAUCAACGCGACGGAACUGGUCCCCGCCACUGGCACGUCGUGCGGUUACCGCGUAACCGACAACGGCGUCACCGGCAAUCCGUACAGGGGAGUUCAGCAGUACCUCAACCGCGAGUACGCGGAGAACGUGAAAUCCGCGAUGCUCGCGUCCCCCGCAGACGCGCCGUAUUUCGCGAGCGUGGCGCAGUAUCCGACGGCCGUGUGGCUCGACACGAUGAAGAAGGUCAACAACAUCCAAGGCCACCUCGAUGACGCAGCGGCUCAGGCGGGCGGGAAGACGAUUCUCGUGCAAUUCGUGAUCUACGACCUCCCGGGCCGCGACUGCAGCGCGUGGUCGUCUUAUGGGGAUAUUCCAAAAGGCGGCCUCGACACGUACAAGACCAAGUACAUUGACGCCGCCGUGUCGCGCCUCAGAAAGAAGGCGGCGAACGUGCGUCUGUCGCUCGUGAUCGAGCCCGACUCGCUGCCCAACAUUGCGAUUAACUUGGGAAGGAAUCGGUGCGACGCGACGACGGAGCAGGAAUACACGGACGGCGUCGCGUAUGCGAUCGCGUCGUUCUCGCAGAUCCCCGACACCACGCUGUAUCUCGACUCGGGGUCCGGCGGGUGGCUCGGCUGGCCGGAUAACAUGAAGCGCGUGGUGGCGGUGUGCAAGAAAGUCCUCGCGCGCGCGCGGCAGAUCAGCGAGAACGCCAAGAUCCGCGGCUUCGCGUCCAACGUGGCCAACUACAACCCGCUCUUCGCCUACCGCUGCCCGGCAUCGGAGAAAUGCCCGCUCGUGAAGAACCUGAGCACGGGCGAAAUCAACUACGACUCGAACCCUUGUAUCGACGAGAACCGGAAAAAACUGGGCAACUCCCCCGUGGAUCGUGAAUGCGACCCGCUGGACCAGCUGGGUGUGGAAGCCCUAUCUGACGCGCCCCGCGCUGGCCAGUGGUUCCAGGCGGAAUUCGCCAUGCUGGUUCGCAACGCCGGCCCGCCCUUUCCUGCUGCAACCAUGGACCUGAGCGGGAAGUGA